GUCGCGUGUCGGUCUGUCUCAACGACAUGCGCCGAUCCCCUCGCUACAUCCGCCGACGGAAACGUGCGGGACUUGCAACUGCCUUCUCCAGUUACUCACUCCAACUACCCUGCCGGUAGCGCGAUGCUUCCACGGUGUACGCGUUAUGGUAGGGCGAGCUAGGAAGCACUGGAUGAGAAGCUCUGAAUUGCCGCUAACUUGAAGUAGAAAAAGCGGACGAGUGCCAACUACUUGCGAUGGCAGCGAUCUCGUCGAGUCAACCUUUGAGCACGUAGUUGCCGUCAACAACCAGCGACGAUUGCAAAUCCGGACAUAACUACCUGAUUCGCGGCGCACGAAUUAUGGUUAGCCGGGAUGGACCAGCCUUCACGUUUGGGUUAACUAACUGAUCGCCACGGAGUCUGGGAGGCACUAUGACGGGCCGCCAAUUCCUGUCCAUCAGACAUGCGCUCUGUCAUGCCUUUCCAGGAAACGCGGUCGGCACCGCGUCUGCAGGAGUGACGCCAUGGGCUGCUGCUGGAAACAAGGCGACAAGCUAGCCUGGAGCAUCAUAUAAAUAGGAGCCAUUUCCCCAUGGCUUUUAUCACAGUUUCACUCAUCCACAUCCGAGGUGUCACAGCAACCCAGUGGUCCAUUUCUGGGCUUUUCGCCUCGGUUUCCCCUUCGAAUUCCCGUCUCCAAUGGCUCCUCUCGCUGCUCGUCUGCUGCUGCUCGCCGCGCUGGCGGUGUGUCUGCUGGCCGCCCCUGCCCAUGCCGGGAGGGACCUCGGAGUGAAGCAGGCGGGCCCGCGGAUUCUGGCUGCGGAGACCUACUCUCACGACCAGGAACUGCCGGACUACCUCGACCACAUCCCCCGCCGCAAGGCGCUCGCCACCACGUGCGGGCGCACGACGGUGGUGAUAAAGUCGCAGUACCUGGGGCCGUACGACCUGCACAACUACAUUUUCAACAUGACCUUCUACAACGGCUGCGCCUUCAACGUCACCAGCCCGCUGCGCGUCUUCCAGUGCCAGGACUUCGGCAAUGUGUGGCAGGGCAUUCUCAAGAACCCCGCCAAAAACCCCACCAUCUACCAGACGGGCGAGAGUUCGGGCCGGUGCCGGACCUGCCGGGGUACUGCGACCUGAUGAUGAACCGCGGGCCCCUUGGGAACAUCCAGAUGUACCGCGGCGAGACGGUGCACGUGCUGUAUGCGUGGACCAUGCCCACCCGCCCGUGCCCGCACGAGCUGCACUUCAGCAACGGCAACCAGUGGAUCAUGACCUCGCCCAACAUCGAGUGCGUCAUCGCGCCACAGUCGUAAAAGCGUGGAGGCAGGAAGGAAGGAAGGAAGGAGUGAAGGGGAUCACCUCGCCUCACCGGGGAUCCAAACUGAAGGGGGUUUGCGUGAGGAUUAUCUGGUGUUGCAUUUCAGCAUUCAUAGACAGAUUGAGGUUGAGGUGGCUAUGUUUGUUAGGGUUUGAGCUGGGAAAUAAGGAUGCUGUUGUAUGAUUGGUUCGAUGUAUAAUUCAAAUAGUUUUGAUCGCUAAGGGACCAUACUGUCAAGGCUCUACUUUUACCAGUUCUUUGGGUCCAAGCUGGCCUGGGAGGUGAUAUGGAACUGCA